AAACAAAUCAUUGGUAAGGCAGAUAAAGCGUUUUUAUCAAAAGCAAUCACUUUUACAUGGGAUAACACAGAAUCCUUAUGCAAGUGCUUACUUACGUCACUUUUGUUUGGAGCCGACUUCGCAGUGGGCUUUGAACAGGGCACCUGGCUCGAGCCCGGGAGGCAGCCUGGUUCCAAAUCGAUGCAAUCAACUUUCAGCCGAUGCAAAACACGCCUACACGGCGAGAUUAAUCGAAUCCCCUCAUUGGCGAAUGAAAUAAAUCACGUGCUCUGAAAACGUUAGGGUGUCAUGGUUACUAUGAAAGACGCUUUGUCCCCAACAUGAAUGUUUGUCACCGCCAUAUGGAAUACGGAAUACGAGGGAAUUUUUGAAAACAUAAAUAUUACGUGUCGGAAACUACGCACGUGAAGAUUUCUAACACUUUAUGGACGUUUGGGAUUAUGCAAUAUUUGAACUGACUUCAUAAAGUUUUGAAACGUUUUUAUGCAGGAUGACUAAAAGACUUCAGUGUUGGCACUAAACAGAUAAUAUUCCAGUGUGACAUUAAGUUGCCACGCUCUCCAUUUGAAAAAUGGCCACAUUCAGGAUGAGGAUGCCGGGACAGAACGACAGGGCACGAAGGCGUCUGAAUUUGACCGCCCCUCAGGAAGUCAGAGGGGUCGAGAUUGUUCGAGGACGUGUAGGAUACGGGUUCACCUUAUCAGGACAAGGCCCGUGCCUCUUGAGUGGUAUAUUGGAGGGGAGCCCUGCAGACCUGCUGGGACUAAAGCAGGGGGAUUGUAUAGUGAGUGUAAACGGAAUCGAUGUGGCAAAGGCUUCCCACGAGGCUGUGGUGCAGUUGAUUGGCACCUGUAAAGGACCUUUGCGGUUGGUGGUGCUUGUCGGGACCGGGUCCACGGCGGACCCUUCCUCCAGCAAAGAGGAGUUAGGGCUUUCUAGAACAGAGGGAAAGGGGCUUUUUCAAAAAGGGGGAGUUUUUCGAGCAGUUUUGGACCACUCUGGCAACUCGUCAUGUAACUCAGUAAACGCCACUCCAUUUAAGCCAAGGCCUUUGUCAGAACCGGACAUGUCCCACUGGACCCAACCGUGGAACUCCAAAUUCCAACCUGGCUUCCUGUCUGAGGAAGAAACCGCCAAAGUGGCAGACGUCGACUCUGUUUUCAAUGACCAGGAGAACGAUGUGAAUCCAGACUGGAGAAUGCUGAACACAGCCAUGGUGGUGGGCUACCUGGGCUCUACUGAACUGAUCUUGGCCUUGUCCAGCCCCAGCUCAGAGGAUGACUGCCUACAGGUGAUCCGCAGGUGUAUUAGACGUAUGGGCAUUGAGCAGAAGACCCACACGCUGGUGAUGAUAAAGAUCAUGUUCGACUGCGUCCGCCUCUGUGACGACGCUGGAGCCGUCCUGGCAGCCUUCCCUUCUGAGAACCUUGUCGUAGGAGUUGUGUGUUCCGAGGACAGGCGCUUCUUUUGCCUGGUCACCACUGCACACGUCUCUGGUGGCCAUGUGGGGAAGAACGGUCCCCUGAGGUCCUCCUGCCAUGUCUUUUUCAUCGACCCCGAGCUGUGCCACCACAGUGACCACCUGGGCAUCGCCGGGCGCUUCGGCUUUGACUGCACCCCAGACACCCAGGGCUGCCAGGAGUUCCCCCUCACUCCCCCCUCCGUUCUCCAGUUUGUGUCUGUCUUAUACUGUGACAUGGGGGAGGCGGUGGAGAGGCUUAGAACCAGGUUGGACAGAGAGUCGGCCCACCACCUCCACACUCAACAGAACAGCAGCAGAGCCUGCAAGAACGGCAGUGCCAGCAGCAACAGAGACAGCGGGAUCGGAAACGCUUCCCCCCCUGAGGAGAGAACGGACAGGGAUUUCCCAGUUGCCCACGUAACCAACCCCGGGGGCAACCUCCCCAGCUGUCCAUGGGAGGAUUACCCCCAGGCCGAAGCAAACCUCACCCAAAUAGUAGCUCACCAAAAUGGCCGCCUAAACUUAAAUGGUCAUCCUAAUCCGGGAAGCACACAUUCCCUUUCCGAAUCUCUACUGGGCCCAGCGUCGUUAACCGGCCCAUCCGGAGGCCCUCCUCCCAAGUUGGAAUUUCAGUUCAAGCCCCCGCCACCGCCUUACCCUGUGGGUAAGAUCAAGAACCUAACAGAAGGAGGAGGCCCCUUCAGAAGCAGUCAACGCUGGUUCUCUAUGAGCGUCAAGCAGAGGUGGCCUAGGGGCCACAGUGGAGAGCCUGAGCCCCAGGCAACAUCGGCCACUAACAGCUGGUCAGGACCAGCCACGGUGGGUUGCACCAACACCCUGCCACCCCCCAUGAGCCAGAUCCCACCAGAGAGGUACCAGGCAGCAGAGGCCAUGAUGCUUCUGCCCCAAAGGGAGGAGUGGGCCAAACGACUCUGGAGAGCAGAAUCUGGAGAGCUGCUAAAUGGAAAGCCCAGGAGAGAUGCUAACACCAAGGGCUCCAAGGUCUGGGGCAUCGGUGCGAGACGCUCCUCUAGCCGUCGCUUCUCGGGCCGUCGCUCAUUUGGACACCCCAAGAAGCUCAGCCUGGCACGAUCACUGGAUGACCUGGAGUCGACUGCUUCCUCAGAUGCUGACUAUGGUGGUGGUGUGCAGCUCCAGGGCUGCUGCAGCCAGAGCAGUCUGAACAGCAACAGCAGUCUGCCCGGCGCCAGCAGCCAUAAGAGGCUGUCAGAGCGCCGGGUGGCCAGCUGGGCUGCCUGCUUCGAGCGCCUGCUCCAGGACCCCAUUGGCGUCUGCUACUUCUCAGAAUUCCUCAAAAAGGAAUUCAGUGAGGAGAAUAUCUUGUUCUGGCAGGCCUGUGAAUACUUCAGUCAGGUACCUGCAACAGACAAAAAGCAGUUAUCCCAGAGGGCGGGGGAGAUCUACAACAGCUUCCUGUCCAGUAAGGCCACCACGCCGGUCAACAUCGACAGUCAGGCCCAACUGGCCGAUGAUGUCCUCACCUCCCCAUGUCCAAACAUGUUCAAGGCUCAGCAGUUACAGAUCUUCAACCUGAUGAAGUUUGACAGCUACUCCAGGUUCCUCAAGUCUGGCCUGUACCAGGAGUGUAUGCUGGCCGAGGUGGAGGGACGACCAUUACCCGACCCUUACCAGAUCCCCUGUAGCCCCGCUCCCUCCAAGCACAGUGCCAGCUCCGGCCACUCCACACCGAAUAAGGAGGCCAGGAAUCAGAAGUCAGGGAGGUCACUGAACGAGGACCCCGGAGACGAGCACGAUGAGCAUAAGAAACGGGGCAUCUUCUUCUCUUGGUCCCGGAACCGGAGCUUCGGGAAGGGACCCAAGAAAAAGGACAUUGGAGAAAUCAACAUUGAUUCCUGGGGCAGCAACGGUCGGAGGGAAUCACAGGGUUCCUUGUCCUCGGGUGCUAGUCUGGAGCUGGCCACUUCCUGUUCAACGAGCAAGACCGAGGGGGACAAUCGUCACUCGGUGCCGGUGUGGGAGAGGGUAAGGGAGUGCUCCAAGAUCUGCAGCAUGACCCUGCCGGACGGCUCGUGUUCCUCUGUGACCCUGCGGCCGGGGGCCACCAUCAGGGAGGUUCUCCGGGACCUCUGUCAGAGCCUCCGCAUCAACAUGGCUGCCGUAGACCUCUUCCUGGUGGGAGGAGAGAAGCCUUUGGUGCUGGACCAAGACUGCAUGACCCUCAGCGCACGGGACCUCAGAAUGGAAAAGCGCACCCUCUUCAGGUUGGACCUGGUACCCAUUAAUCGCUCUGUGGGAUUGAAGGCCAAACCCACCAAACCUGUCACCGAAGUCCUGCGUCCCGUCGUGGCGAAAUACGGCCUCCACCUCAAGGAUUUGGUGGCCAAAAUAAGUGGAGAAACGGAGCCCCUAGACCUGGGGGCGCCCAUAUCGAGUCUGGACGGCCUGCGUGUGGUAUUGGAGAGAGCAGACCCUGUUGCCUCAGGGAAAGACUCUAAGUCCAAGUCAGGCUCCUUGAAAGCACAUCUGCCAUCAUUGACCACCAAGAGUCUUUCUGCAACAGGAGAUGACAGGUCGUCAGGAAAGGCAAGCGGACCAGAUCCGUCGCUCCCUGCGGAAAAGAGAAAGCCGAAAAAGAUUAAUAUAGAUGAAGCUGAAGAAUUCUUUGAGCUCCUGAGCCGGGCGCAGAGCAACCGGAGAAAUGACCAGAGAGGCCUCCUGAACAAAGAGGACCUGGAGUUACCUGACUUCUUGCGGUUAACCUCCGGCUCCCCCUCCACUGCCUCCCUAGACAUGGCCUGCUCCACCCCCACCUCCGUCAAACAGGGCCAGGGUCCUGGCAGGGAGAACGGGGUUGGCGGUGCCCCCGCCCGCGGCCCCCUCAACGCCAGCCUGCGCUCUGAGAGCCUGGACUCCUCCCUCAGCAGCAACGGACAUUCCCAUUCUGCUGCGGGGCGCCGGGCACUACUGCCCCCACCCCGCCGCCCCGUCCCCCCCUUCAGCGCCGCCCUCUCACCCAUCCCCCGCCCCUCGGAGUCUAGAGGCCCGGCCCUCAGGACGCUGGAGGAAGACACCCACGCUGACCUGACCCUGGUGGGCGAGGGAGACAUCACCAGCCCCAAUAGCACCUUGUUGGACCCUGCGCUGCUGUCCCACGAGGGCAGCCUGCCCGAGGGAAACUUCAUCCCUCCUUCACCCUGCGCCCACUCCUUCCAUGAUGGUGGUGGGAAUGGCCAGUCAAGCUCAGAGAGAAGACAAAGAGCAUGUGCUCUUGACCGCUCCCACAAGAGGUCGCCGUGUCUUGGAGCACUCCGCUCUCAGCCAGCGCUGCAGGAGGUGAUGGACGUGGAGGGAGUGUGCCUGGAGGAAGAGGAGGAGGAGGAGAAGGUGAGGGAGGUCACCAUCACCCACGGAGAGGACUCGGAGCUCAGCGUCAGUUUCCAAGGGUACGCGGCUGAGCUCCGGCAGUGCCAGAGUCGAAUGAAGACCUCCCAGGUGCCCCUCAACACCCACGAUCAAUCAGAAGGGAACAAAGACUCCAAGACUGACAUAUACAAGGCCACCAUUGUGUGAGCUCUGAGGCUGACCAACCCUCACCAGCACUUUCCAAGCUUGAUUCACGGUCUGUUCAAACAGGAACUUACUUGAUGAACAAGGGACUUUUACUGUAAAAAACUAUAAUUUUUCAUGCCAGAACUGAUGUAUAUGUAUAAUAAUUGUAUGGUGAUAGAUAUUGUAUUAUUGAUCAUUACUGACUAUGCCGUACUGUUUAGCGGGUAUACAUUUUCAAGAAGUGAUGAAAAGGAAAAUAAUUGCCAGUUAAGAUUAAUGAACAAUUUGGUAAUAAACUAUUGUUUGGAAAUGUAUUAAGGGAUACCUUGUUUUAGAUGGAUGCUGAUAAUGUAGGUACUGUAAAGCAGGGGGUAUAGAAUUAAGCCUCUUUCAGGUAGAUUAUAGGAUUCACACAUUGUAGGAACAUGAGAAACUCCUUGCAAUUCUAGUGCAUGUUACUGUAUUAUUCUGGUCACACACUGAGUGUAAAAAACAUUAUGAACACCUGCUCUUUCCAUGACAUAGACUGACCAGAUGAAUCCAGGUGAAAGCUAUGAUCCCUUGUUGAUGUCA